AACACAACACAAUGUCCACGACCGAGAUCAAGAUCGAGACGAUCGGAUACGACGCUCGCUUCCCCAACCAGAACCAGACCAAGAACUGCUGGCAGAACUUUGUUGACUAUCAAAAGUGCAUCAAGGCCAAGGGCGAGGACUAUGCCCCUUGCAAGGCCUUCAAGAAGAACUACACCAUCCUCUGCCCGACUGCCUGGAUCUCGGCUUGGAAUGACCAGCUCGAGGCAGGAACCUACCCCGGCCGAUUCUAAGCGAAUUUUCGGCUUGUUUCGGCGGUGACGCUUCUGCUUUGAUGUCUCUCUCUCUCUCCUGUGCUGCAAUUUGUGUCGUAGCCUGUUGGCUUUUCGGUGUUUGCGUGUUGUCCUUUUCGACGGACGGGCACGAACUUACACAAGGUCAAUGGGAUUGAAACAACGACGCAAUGAACCAGCGUUUUGUACUUUUUUGUUUCUCUUCUUCUUCUUCUUCCUCUUGCUUCGACUUCUCGUGUGUAUUUCUUCCUUGGUCUUCUGGACGCCUUCUUAUUCCCUUUUUUUCUUUUCUUGUUUGUGAAUGAACAAUUACCACCC